AAAGAGAGAGAAAAAUGUUCCAUUCCUAAGAGUAUGUAUUGUUGAUGUUGAUGCCGACUUUGGCUACACAGUUGCUAUUGAGUGUCCUUUCAUGAAUUCUUUGGCCCCGUGGCAGGUUAUUUAGCAGUCACCUGUCACUUUGCCAAAAGAGAGAGAAAAAUGUUCCAUUCCAAAGUGUAUGUAUUGUUGAUAAUGUUUUGACCCAUUGAUGUAACAACAGGUCACCAAAAUAAUAGAACACCAGUUGGGAUGGUGCAAUGCUGUUUUUCCACCUCCGCAAACCUCAGUAAUAUGAAAGAAAAUGAGAAUUAUUGUCUUAUUUUUAAUAGUGCUGCAUGCGUGCGCACAUCCACGCGCCACAAGGAAUCCUAAUCAACCUGUUUGCAGACUCCCGCGGCAGCUUGGCGCGCAUUCUCCAUAUCCCGGCUUGGAGAAACUUAUCACCGGGAUCUCAAAGCUCCAUCUGGUGAUAUCAGCGGUUCCCCGGGGGGCUGUGGUGCGAGCUGCCGCUGCUCCCGUCUCUGCCCACCAAAGCGCGAGUGGAAGUGGGGACAGACAAUCCCACCAGCGCCCUCCCACCACCACCUCCUCUUCCUCCUUGUGCGGCUUUUAGCGAAGGGGAAGCCCUGCAUCGCGCAGUGCGUGUGCGUGUGCGCGGCUUUAUAUGCGUGUACAGCCGCGGGGCUCUCCGUUCUCUUCAACAGUUGCCAUCGGAGAGGAGGAGGAGGAGAGCGGGAAGAGACAGCAGACUGAGGAAGGACGGACGGAGGGACGCGGAGAGCCACGCCGCUCCUGCCCGGCUUUUCUGCUCCUGACAUGCAGUCGCUCAUCUCUCCGGUGACCAAGGCCAUCCUAGUCGCACUCUUCAUCUUCGCCAUACUCCUCAUCCUCUAUGUGAUCCUGUGGUACAUUUGCAGGGACGUGGACUGCGAUCACGGCAUAUGAGGAUUCAUUUAUUAAUUUUUUUAAGCAAAGAAAAGGACUAUCACACAUGGAGAAUCCCGGUGUCACCCUGUUCCAGGGAUGAGCAGAAGGGUCUGGCAGCCAUCAGAAGGAUCCACGAAGAGUACAACGAGGCUAAAGUGGAGUUCCAGAAACUGGACCUCGCUUCUCUGCAGUCUGUCCGUCAGUUCGUCCAAAGCUUCAAGGCGCGUGAUUUACCACUCAAUAUCCUGGUCAAUAAUGCGGGUGUCAUGCUGGUUCCCGAGGGUCGCACCCAGGAUGGAUUUGAGGUGCACUUCAGUGUGAACUAUCUGGGCCACUUCUUGUUAACCUGGCUGCUCCUUGACACGCUGAAACGCAGCGGCAAAUCUGGUAACUUCUCCCGUGUGGUCAACGUUUCGUCCUCUGCGCACUGCGUCGGCGAGAUCCGGCUGGAUGACUUGAAUAGCAACCGCUGCUAUUCAGCCCACGGAGCUUACUGUCAAAGUAAGCUGGCACAGCUCUUAUUCAGCUCCCACCUCCACCAGGAGCUGCGACAUGGAGGUUUACCAGUGAGUUCAUGCGCUGUGGAUCCUGGUAUGGUGGACACUGAUCUCUAUCGCCACCUUUGGACUCCACUCCGCCUGGCACAAGGUGUUGCGUCACGCUUGCUAUUCAGGACUCCUGCACAGGGUGCCGCCACCGUCCUGUUUGCUGCCCUGUCACCAGCAUUGGAGGGCGACUGCGGAGGAGGCUACUGGGCCAACGGGUGCCGAGAGAGGACAACGCCUACCACCUUUGACCCUCACGUGCAGCAGGUCUUUUGGGAAAUCAGUCACAGGUUUCUGGCCCAGGAGUAACUAAACUGUCUGUUGUUGCAGUUUGUGUUAUCUCACAAUCCACACGCAGACUGGACAGUGAUUAUCUUUUUACGGAUCGCUUUGCUUUAGUCGUCCUGCCUAAGAAGGGCUACAGUUCUUGUUCUGUUUGUCACUGUGAGCUAGCAAACAUGGUCGUAAACUUCGGUUUGGACCAGCGUUUGAUGUUUUUGCCAUAAGUACUGACUGCCUUAACGUCACUUCUGUCCAGUGAGUAGGCUGACUAACUAUUCCCAACACUUUUCCCAUUCGGGACAAACCAUCCAUAUUGGCCGACGCUGGCCAUAUGUUUAAAAAAUGUUGGUCAAAGCUGAGCACGGCCUCGCUGCAGUGAUGUCAUCACUGAGUUUUACCACCUCGGUGAUUCUUCCAUCGCCUCAUGAUGUCACCAUUUGACGGGGAGCACUUUUGAGUGCGUUUGUCCGUGUUCCGUCUUCACGUGGACCUUCUCUCUUGAGCCUUCCAACUGUCAGCAAACCAACAAAAGACCUUCACAGUGACUGAUAUAAUGCUACUUGAGCGGCAACUAAAUAUAGAAAGUAGGGUAUUUUUUGGGGAGUAAUCCCUCCGACCCCCUUUUGGUAGCGCUUUUGUUUGGGAGAAACACAGUUUUCCAAAAAGCGGGAUUUGCUCACAGGCAUAAAAAGUAAAAGGGUAAAACAAUGCUGUUGCAGUCUGUCCCCAUUUUCCUUUAUGGACCGUCUUAAUCCCCAGCUCCCGAACUUGAGUUCUGGAUCCAAUUUUGCACAACAACGCCCAGAUCGUAACAAAUUUAAGCCAGGAAAAAGGGCAAAGAAACACAAAAAGGCAUUUUUUUCCCCCUUCGAUAAUCAAGCUGUGAUUGGUUCCCUGCUGCUUCCCAAUCUUCAUCUGGCGCCGCGCCCACUGUAUUGUGGGUGUGAGAUUUCCCAGUGGCGAGACUCAAGCUUCAUCUGCUAAGCUCACACACAAACACACACACACACACACACAGUCAUUCAUAAACAUUGCAGCCAGUACAUCCAGGCACGGUUCUCUAAACAAGCACACGGCAAACAAACACUUCUGUUGUUCACCACUGUGAUCAAACAUUCUGACUGUGAAGAUGGAACAGUUUAUCUCCCAAACGCAACCAUUUACGAUUAUGAUCAGUUGUACGUGAAGCAAUAUGAUUGCUCUGUAGGACAGCCUGACACUAGCCUUUUUCUUCGCUGAACGUCAGAUAUUUUCCGAACUAUAAGUCGUAGAAAUUGCAUCAGUCAAAAAAUAUGUCAUAAAUGUCCUGGACUGUAAAUCCGAUUUAUUUAGAGAUUAAUUUAACACAAUUCAAGACCAAGAACAAGAGCACACAGAAAAGGUUGAAUUGGUUAACCAACGAUUAUUUUCUUAGUUGAUUAAUCUGAAGCUUCUUGUUUCGAUUAAUCAAAUAAUCUCCGCAACAUAUCAGAAUUUUCCAAACUCAAAACUAAUCUUUUGUCUAGAACACAAAGAUAACAGGUCCGCUUUCAUGAAUUAUUUAGGAAAUUAAAAAAUGUUCACCUUUGAGAGACUUUGAGAUUGGAGGAUAUUUGUUUUUAAUUAAAAAACGAUUAAUCAAAUACCAAGAGAGCUGUUCAUUAAUUGGAUAAUUGAUUAACCAACCAUUCAGUGAUUAAUUGUUGCAGCUCUACUCAGGAAUGAAAUUCCUAUCAGUCAAAUAAUGCGUCAUGAAGACGAAAAAAAAUGAAAAAAUCGAAAAGUUUCAAAAGACUAUGAAUUUCUAAAUUGAUUUCCCAUAAUUCAAGACCAUGUAAUAGCACACAGGCUGAUGAUGUCCAGUAUGUUAAUGUAACACAGUUACAGUUACAGUAACAAUUAUUCAGCUACACUGGAGCAUACCCGGGAGGCUGGAUACACAAAAUUGACAUACGGCAGUUAACUAGCAAAUUAAGCUACUUCACCGAACUCCCAAUCGCAUUCCAUAUCACUGAAGCUAUUGAAUUCGCCAAAAGCACCCGCUUGUGGCUGUCGACGACAAAGUUCACUUCUUGGUUCAAGUCAUUCAUGAUGAAUUCACAUUUUAAAAUAGGAUAAAUUGUUGAAAAAAAUUCUUAAAAAAAUACGGUAAUCUCCUUCAGAGGACCUGUCCUCGUUUGUGAAAAUCUAGGCCGUGGUGUGUUCAGGUGCUCACCAAUGGGUAUCCAUUAUUCUAGCACCACUCGUACUCUGGGCAGCUUUCAGACCAGCAUCUUAUAGACUGGUGUGAAUGGAUGACCUUGUGUGUCCUCCAAACAGUGGCUGUGUGCUGCGCUUUAGAAAUGGCACAGGAAGCACAUAUCAUAUGAGGAGGGGUGGGAGCGGAUGGGGGCGGUAGUGAUGCAGAAAACCUCACUUCAUCAUCCAGCUCAAGCAAGGCAGUCGCUGGUGUGAGGGUUUGAAUGACAAUGUAGCUCCUCAUCCGUUAAAUUAGGCUUUGAUUAGCCUCCAACGACUGAGCUGGCUGAUAUGGCCAUCCAUAUUGAUUUUUUUUUUUUUUUUUUUUUUUUUUGGAGCAUUCCAAUUUAUUUUCCAGAUAUGUCACUGUUUUCCCAGCUUUGCACUCUGCACUGAUAACAUAGAAAGUGAACACAUGCAUCUUAAAAUACCAGCUCACACUGUGCCAUCGCCAAAAUACUAGAGACUUGAACUCCAAACUAAAACCGACAAAAUGCAACUUGAUUCAUCUCCAAGAGAAAAACAAUCUAUGUACCCGGGGAGUGGCGAUGUGUUCAUGCGUAUUACAGGAUCAAAAAUACACAGUCUUUGUAUUUUAAGUACAUGCAUUUUUGUUCGGAAUGGAAUAUUUUCCUCUCUGUUAUCUAACACACACAUGUUGAGUUAGAAAAUAUUCCAUUCUUAACAGUGGAAAAAUAUUAUUUUUUAAAAUUAAGGUUAAAAAAAUAAAAGCAAUGGAAAAUAUUCCAUUCCUAACCAGUGGAUGAAAUGUUGUUAAAAUCUCAAAAUAAUUUAUUAAAAAUUAAAAUAAAAAAUAACUAUUGAAAAUAUUCCAUUCCUAACCAGGGGACGAAAUGUGGUUAAAAACAUCAAAUACAUUUUAAAAAAUCACAAUAAAAUGGAAAAUAUUCCAUGUAUAGCAUGGAAUGGAAUAUUUUCCUCUCUGUUAUCUAGCACACACAUGUUGAGUUAGAAAAUAUUCCAUUCUUAACAGUGGAUGGAAUGUUGUUUAAAAAAUAUUAUUUUUUUAAAUUAAGGUUAAAAAAAUAAAAGCAAUGGAAAAUAUUCCAUUCCUAACCAGUGGAUGAAAUGUUGUUAAAAUCUCAAAAUAAUUGAUUAAAAAUUAAAAUAAAAAAUAACUAUUGAAAAUAUUAAAUUCAUAACCAGGGGAUGAAAUGUGGUUAAAAACUUCAAAUACAUUUUUAAAAAUCACAAUAAAAUGGAAAAUAUUCCAUGUAUAGCACAUGAUAUUUUCUCGUCAAUCUCCCAAAUAAUUUUUUCUUGUAAUUAUUUUUCCUACCGAUAGACUGUUUAUUUUAUUGUUUGGUUUCUUUUAUUACACUGGUAUUUUAACAGGGCUGUGUUCACUUCCUGUUUUAUUAUUCAACAUGUAAGCAAACCUAACUAAUUUGAAGCAUUUUUACUUUGGUAGUAGCAGCAGUUUUGUGUCAGAGUAUGUUGUUUUCAUUUGAAUUUUCUAUCCUCAUUUUGUGUGCAAUGUUUGCAACUUGAGGGCUUGCUUGUUUUUGAUUGUAAGAUGCCGCCUAAAAAAACAAAACAACCAAACUGGGUCCCGCAGGAGCAAAUAAACCUCCGUCCUUGCAAGGCAAAAAAAAAAACAAAAAACGCAAGGCUAGUGCAUAAAGUACAUCUCCUUCAAAAGUGAUCUUGUUUUUUGUUUUUACCAACUGAGGCCAUCCUUUUUCCAAAGAUGAGAUGGAGAAGAAUGUGAGGGUGUGUCCCAGACGAGGAUGCUAGUUAGUUAGUAAAUGUAAAUGUUUUAUGGAACACCAAAAAAAAGAUAGUAAUUAAUGUAAAUCCAACUAAUCUGAUUAAAAGUGAUUAUUAAAUUUGGCUGCAAGGUGGGUUAUUUAGAAACCCCUCUCAAUAAAUAAAAAAAAAUCAGUCGUCCCUGGCAACAUCACAGUUUGAACAUUAUUUCUUCCAUCUUGCAUAGUUUUUAAAAAAUUAAUUAAUAAUUGCUGUUUCAUGGUGGAAUACUGACUAUUAGUUUUAAAUAAUUAAAUCAAAUUGUACUUAUUCUUGGCCUAAAUUAAGCAUUUUCAAGCAUAACAAUGGCUAAGUGAAUUAAAAAAAUUAACAAGGCAAAAGAUGCAUUCAAAUUAUUAAUGUAAUAUUGUAUUCUACAUUGGCCACUAGGUGUCACUAAUUGCUAAAAGAGACAGGCACUAGAAUCAUCAAUACGGUUCCUCAGGGAACAUCUCUACUGUGUAUUAUUUAUGUCUUAAAUGGUUUAUUCACUUAAUAUGUCCUUAUUUAGAAGAAAGUGGCGAAAAUAUUUAUUAAUAUUGAAUCGUACGUCAUAGAAAUUCACAUUUGGACGACUGUACAUGGACAAUGUAGGGUGCUCUUGAUUUAGUGGACUAUUUUGCUAUGCGCCAAAAAGUUUUUCUGUAUGAAAGAAAUAUGUUGCAUACUACACAACAUGUAGCAGCGCCCUCUGGAGGAGUUCCGCACAUGACAAAACGUGUUGGGUCUUUAUUUCGCAGUACAAACGAAAAAGGGCAGAAACCGCUCCAGUAAAACCGUGUCUCGUUUUUGUUUUUUUUCUGUAUGUGUUUUACUCCUGUCAUCGUUUUAAAUCGUUUUUUAUCUGCGUGUGAUUUUGCUCGUUUUAAAGCGUGGUGGAAGGCUGCAAACCACGGAAGCUGUUAGUCGACUUCUUCUGACUGAGCUGGAAUGACAUUUAUAUUAAAUGUUCCCAGUUCAGUUCCCAGUUGUUUAAAUCCCUAAAUGUGUAUAUGUAUAGGAAGAAAGUAUUAUAUUAGCCGGCAGAUGAACUGGCGAAUAUUCAGUCAUUUUUGUGCACAUGUUGCGUUUUCUCCCUUGGGUGUGAGAGUCGAAUCCGUGCACAUGAAGUUUGCACGCGCAAAUCCAGUGUCAAUCCCUGUUGAUUUGACCAAACAUGCACAACUGUUGUGUUUUUUGUUUUUUUUAACCUGAUUUCAUGUUGAGAUCUUGCAUUUUUUUGCCUUGUAAAAGUAAAUUCUCCCCAUUAUUGUGUACCUUAACUGUGACUUUUCCAUGUAGAAAAUGAUCUUGUUCAAACUGUGAAUCUGUCUCGUCCCGUGCAUUGCUGUAAAACUUGGAGAUGGAUGUGAGCGGGGCAACAAUGUUUUUUUUUCUGUCCAUGGUUGUGACAUUCCAGCAGUAGUCGCCACCUUUUCUAUAAUCCAAAGCCUCUCAAUAAACAUAUCAUGGUGUCAA